AGGCUUGGUUCUCUUGUUGUACAGAUUUUGAUUUUUGGUCAUGCGAGCGAGAAAAAAGAGCCAAACAACUCCAACCUUUUUUACUGUGAUAAAUGCAACCUGCUGAUUCCACGACGCCGAGAGAAUUUUUGAUCCCUGCUCUUUUUUCUGCGCAACUUAAUCAGCACAUCAGGUCAAUCAUUAGUAGUUCGUAGUUUAAUUUUUUUCAACAAGAUGAACAGAAAAAGAAUGAGGUUUUUUCCAUUCGUGUCCUUUUUUGUGUGACGCGGCCUAACAUUAACUGUUGACUCGACUUCUGGGAGCAGGCUGCAACCUCACGACAGCUGCUACGACGUACAACGAUAAAACGAGCUGCCCCUUCAACUUUCUACGCUCGUUUUAUUCCUUGACUUCCACACGACUUUUUUUUCUCGCAAGCCCAGGCGGCCCAACGACAUCUCAUUCCACUAGUUGACCACACUACCACGACCACUACCAGUGCUUCCACUUGAAAGUCUGCCACUUCCAACACUCAACAAACCUCUUCUCCAACUACACGAACUUAUUCUCCAACUACUACAAUGGCGUACAAUCCCUACGGUGGGGGCCCAGCCCCUCCAGGAGCGCCAGGGGGUCCGCAGCAGCUUCCCCCACAACAAGGUGGUGGAGUAGAAAGCAAUCCUUUCGGCGCAACCGCAAAUCCCUUCGGCAAUGGCGCAAUGAGUAGUGGAGCACCACCAAUGCAGCCAGGUGGAGGCAUGGGCGGUGCUCCCCCACCAGGUCCGGGAGGUUUCGGAAUGGCGCCUCCAGGACCGCCAGGUCCUGCAGGUCCGGGUAACAAUAUGAUGGCACCGCCGCCACCAGGAGCAGGGGUACAACCUCCGAUGAAUCCUUACGGCGCAGGAGGACCAGGGGGACCAGCACAAGGAGGUCCACCGCCACCACCAGGCGCAGGAGGAGUAGCGCCACCAGGACCAUUUGCACCUAUGCAGAUGCAACAGCCAGGACCACCUCCAGUACCAGGAGGCGCAGCACAGACACCAUUUGGGGCACCAGGCCCGGGAAUGGCAGGUCCCCCAAUGCCAGGACAAGGGCCUUUUGGAGCGCAAGGACCCCAACCAGGAAUGGCCCCACCACCACCAGGUCCACAAAUGGCAGCACCACCACAAGGAGGAGGUAAGUAUAUGAAAUUCGUUUCUUGAUUUUGAUAGCAUUUCCAAAUUGAUACAUAGUAAUACAUAGAGGUAAAUGAGCUCCAACAAGGAUAUCACAAAAAUUCGCAUUAGGCAUGUUACUCCUGAGUAGAUAGAUCUAGAUCAUUAGUCACUACAGAAAUUGUUUUUGUCUACUGCUCUAUCAUCUUCAUCACUCAGGUUACAUGGCUGGUGCAACCGGCACACCUGGGUAUGGCGGGAAUGAAGCACAUUAUGCAGAGUUAUUGAGACAGACAGAAGAGUUGAACUGUGCACCGCAUUUUUUGAGAACGACAAUGGGAAGAGUGCCGCAAAGUCUAGGAGCCAAACAAAAAGUUGGAGUACCACUAGGUUGUGUCAUUCAACCAUUAGCUUCUCCGCCAGAAGGCACAGAAGAUAUCAAGGUUGUGCAUAGGACUCAACCUCAAAAUGGACGAGCAGAGACGAGUACUUUUUUUAUUGAUUGGAUGGGUAGUGCUAGGUCUUGGAUUUGUUGCGCAAGCUGCAGCGACAUAAGCAUCGGGGUAGUUAUAUAUAUCGCUAUGGUACUAGUUGUAAUCAUGUUGAUGUUCCAUAUUUCUAUUUGAUGUAGUACUUCAUUUAAAAUUCCCAAAACUCCACAGCACCCAUCGUUCGAUGUAAGAAAUGCAGAACGUAUAUCAAUCCUUACGUGCAAUGGGAAUACAACGGCAGAAGAUGGAAAUGCAACCUCUGCGGAUUCACGAACGAGACGAUGAAUGCGUACUCUAUACCUGUUGUAGUUUUUGAUAAGUGAACAGGCCAACGCCUAAACCACUAAGCCAACUACGCAGUUUUUGUUUUUUGUCUACGAUCGAAAUCGUUUUCCUUAUCUCCUUAUCUUUCAGAGAUGACGACUCGACGUUCUCUUCUAUUUUCGACCACAAUUGCAAAACCACAAAUAGGUACUAUGCCCCAGUAGAUGAGAGAGGUCAGCGUGCUGAUUUGCACGAGCGACCGGAAUUGUCAAAUGGUGCAGUAGAAUUCAUAGCAACAGGAGACUACAUGGUCCGAGCACCGCAGCCUCCGGUGUUUAUGUUCGUGAUUGAAGUUGGUGCGCACGCGGUUAGCAGUGGAUACACAGCAGAGGUAUGUGCGGGAUUGAAGCAGACACUGCAGUCAGGUACUAGUACACGUACACACUUACUACAACUACAACUUGAUGUCAUAUUAUUAUACAACAUAGCAGAACAACUGCUAUACUUGUUAAUAUGUUUUUUUUCAAUUUUUGUUGGUAUGCCUCUCGCUCUCCGUGAUGUUUGUUUGAAAUAAGCUCUACCAUUUUUACCCACCAAUUAUUUAACUGUACCUCCAAGUCCAAGGGGGCCUGUCCGAAGAACUGAUGAUUUGAAUCUAUUCGGCGAGCUGCCUAAGAUUUCCUCUCCAAAGAGCUACUAGUUAUCAAAAACAAAUAUACUUACCAAGAACUACCAGUUAUCAAAAACAAAUAUACUUACCACCAAAGAACUACCAGUUAUCAAAAACAAAUAUACUUACCAAGAUCUACCAGUUAUCAAAAACAAAUAUACUUACCACCAAAGAACUACCAGUUAUCAAAAACAAAUAUACUUACCAAGAGCUACCAGUUAUCAAAAAAAAAUAUACUUACUAGUUCAAAAAAAUAGUUAUCAAAAAAAAAUAUACUUACCAUACCAGGCGAAGUCCCCGGUGGCGACAGAACGAUGUGCGGCAUCAUGACCUUCGACAAUAGCGUCCACUUUUAUAAUCUGGACAGCAACCUCUCAUCAGCCCAAAUGGUAGUGGUUUCAGACCUGGACGACAUCUUCUUGCCCUUGCCAGACGAUAUUAUAGUCAAUUUAACCGAAAACGUGGACAACUUGUGCAACCUUCUGGACCAGAUACCCCACUUGUUCAAGGAUAGCAAAGUCGUGGAUUCAUGUAUGAUUAUAUAUGAAUUUGUUGUACUUCCUUGUUGAUGUUGUAAUCACAGUUGUUCUUCACUCAGUGACAGUGUUAAACACUGAGUGUUUUUUUCAUUCCUCGUUUGGCAAGCCUACGCUCUCUGCCUCUACCACCAAAAAUCUAAGACUAAGUCCCAUUACUCAAUAUAAAUCGCAUCCCUGCUACCCUAAAUUCUAACUCCAUCUUUCUAAUUCCAUCGAAAAACCACACCAAAAAUCAGGUCUCGGCACAGCAAUUACAGGAGCUUACUUAAGUAUGAAACAUGUUGGAGGAAAAGUUCUUGGAUUUGUUGCUAGUAUCCCUACUUUGGGCCAAGUAGGCGUCCUCAAGCCGAAUCGCGAUAAUCCUAGACUUCAGGGCACUGAUAAAGAAGUGGAACUGUUGAGGCCGGUACUAACACUCUACUACUUGUUGGAGGAUAUGAGUAUGACUUUUAAGUACCCCUGUAGGCCUCCUGUUCGUUUAUCAUCUCGCAGAUGUUUCCUUUGUGAUUGUGAUAUUGAUUCACGUUCACCACCCUUGCAUGACCUCAGCACGUCGAGACAAGAACAACAUUACACCAUGAUUACAACAGGCGAACGAAGAGUACAAGGAUCUCGCUCACAAGCUCAUCUAUUAUCAAAUGUCCGUUGACCUCUUCGUCGCUCCUCGUGCCUACUUCGACUUGGCAACAGUGAAGUUAAGGCAGCUUGUGUUACAAGAAGAUCCUAUGUAUAGCUAUAGGGAUCCCUCGUAAUAGAUAGCUCUAAUGCAACUGCUGUCGCAGUUCACAGGUGGGGAGGUCCGCUUCUACGACAACUUUACCCCCCAGUCGCAAGGCGCGAAAUUGAGGCAGGAAAUCGAGCAUGUAGUGACUCGGUUCAGUGGUUGGGAGUCAGUGAUGCGUGUGCGAGUAAGCAAGGGGUGGAGAAUAUCGCAUUUCUUCGGGAAUUUGCUCAUUCGAGGACAAGACUUGCUGACAUUAUGGAGAACAUUUUCCACCUGUUGUUCCUUCUAACGGACAGUUGUACAAAACGACGAGAAAGAAGCUUCUUGUACUUGUGGAACAACAAGUGAAUCAUUAACUUGAGUAGCUCUAAUCUGUGUCCCCAACUGCCACCGCGAUUUUUCUUUUGCUAUUACCGUCGAAAUGGAGGACAACGUUUCCGUCGUCGAACCACAUUAAGGCUACACGAAUAAAUCUCCCAGUUUCACUAUCAUUUUUCAACAUCUUGGUCCUCCACCUCCCGUUUUUCUUAAAAGAGGGACGAAAAAAAAAAACCCAAGAUGGUGUGUAAUAUGCUUCCGGUGGUCUUAGUCUUUGGUAUAGCCUGAAUUUGAUCAACAUAAGGGAACAAAGCAAGAAGAGAACCCGUACCCGUGCGAUCGAAUUCAUCAGGUUACCAAAUAUCGGAACCAUACAUAUGUAGGAGUGAGUUCAAGAUGAUGCUGUAUAUAUAAGAGUAGGUGCAAGAAGUUGGAUCAAGUAUAUGAGAGGAACACCUGAGGAUGGAGCUCUAAUCACAGUGCUUCGUCCAGGCGGCGUUGCUGUACACCAACCACGAGGCCGAACGGCGAGUCCGCGUCCUCACCCAUUGCAUUGUCGCAAGCAACAACCAUCAGGAACUAGUCCAAAGUGUAGACCCUCAAGUAGCAGCUCAGAUAUUGGCUCACACUGCGUGCGACCGAGCACUAAAACAGAGCUUGCAGGAAGCGAGACAUUUUUUGACAAAUACCUGCACGCACAUAGUGCAAAACAGCGCACACAUCGCGGACCAAGGAAACUUCGCGUUUUUGCCAUUGUACAACUGCUUCUUCUCAAAUUUGUUCAAAAAUCUUUGCAAAGACCAACAUCACUCCUUUUCGUGUUCCCCAAAAAAUCCACUCCCUAUUACUCCUACUCCAAAUCUUCUUCACCACGAUACUAUAUCGUAUAUUAAUAUAGAUACUACAAAUGUUCAGUCACAACGAAGAUAUUAUUACUUAAUAUCCGAUAAUGAUAAAAAGUACUACAAAACAGGUACGUCUUCGGUAUCCUCAAAUCGACUGCCUUAAGGGCUGGGGGCGGUCCAGACCUGAGAUUUGAUGUUCGAGCGGCGUGCUGGACUAGACUGAAUACAGUGUGCACGGACAAAGCAGCCUCGUUGUUUGUCCCCAGGCUCCUUCCAGUAGACGAUUUGUCAGAUCCGAUCGGAGGAGAGGAUGAGUAUUUUUUCGAUGCUUGUUUGAGGUCAAGAUCUCGUGAUAGUCAAUGGAUCAUCUUCAUCGACUAGAAAGAAGAACUACUACAGCUACUAGAGAAGCGAUGUAGUAUGUAAAAAUCGCAUUCUUUUCAAUUUCAUCCAAUUAUUCGUCUGUUUGUCCCCAGACCACUUCUUCCAGUAGACGAUUUUUGAGAUCACGAUUUGUCACUAAUUUUCAUUUUGAUCAUCCUUACACAACUGACUUACAGAAACGGCGUGACCGUUCUUCCCGAAAAGCUCCCUUUAACCGGCGCGUCCUUACGACCGAACGGCGCCUUUCUGAUCGAAAACGGAGAGCAGAUCAUCCUCUUCAUCGGACAAGAGAUCGAUCCGAAUUGGCUGAUGUCGCUGUUCGGCGUCCAAUCCGUCCAAGAGCUCCCGCCAGACGGCUCCACCUAUGAGGAGGAAAUCCUAGCGCCGAACAACAAUCCUCUGAAAGAGAAGUUUUUGAACGUCAUUGAUUAUCUCCGAAGAGAAAAUGACGUGCCGUACAUGUCAUUCUCACUGACACAUCAGGGGAGACAUGAUAUGAUAGAACGACGAUUCUGGGACAUGCUCAUUGAAGACAAAGGUGCAGGCAUGCAGGUGAAUUUUUCCGAGUUCGCAGAUAGGAUGAAGAAGGGGUUUAGAGGCUGACGAACUCCAGGAGAAGUAGUAGGUUAAGCAUCAAGCAAUUAUAAGAUGAAGAAAUCUUGUUCAUGAUAAUUCUGAAAAUGGAAUUUUUCUGUAAAAACUGUAGUAGCACAACAGCCGAUAAUUCAAAUUCUCGAUCUCGACGUCUGCACAUACAUUUUGAUGAAAACCGAAGUGGUAUAUAACUGUAACUGAUGAUGAUACUCGGAGUAAUAUUAAGUAGAAGAUACAACAACUUCUCAAGAGUCGCUGAAUAAAGAGGAAGAGCAUUAAAAGAAUGCUCUUACUACCUGAAUUUGUUAAGCAACAUAUCAAAUAUCAAAAGUACCUACUGCAAGAACUGCAGAGGUAGACCUUCCGAGAAACCCGGUCCACCUUCAGCAGUCGUGGUCCACUUAAGGUAGUGAAUAUUCCGAGAAAUCGCUUUAACGAGGAGCUUUGUUGAAGUUGAUAUUUUUAAGCAGUAGUUUUUAUUGAUUGAUGAUUUCAUAUUAUACUUAUUCACUUACUAGUCGAAGUCGUCCUCUGAUGUAGUUAUACUUUCAUGUUGAUCACUUCUUGUUAGUUUCACUAUAAUGUAACCAGAAAGUUGUUUGAAAACGAAGAAGAAAGGAGCUAAUGGUACUAAUGUAUCUAUUUCAGAUUUUUUUUCUUCAUAAGACCUAGCUCCGACAAUCACAAACUACUGUGUUUAUACAGCAUGAAGAAUGAUCAGCUUUGUAUAAAAUGAUCAUGGUCGUUGUUGAACAAAAAUAUCCAGCUACAGCUGUACUUGCGGCUGUCGCACAAAGUCACCAAGCGACAAUGAUACCAAAAUCCUUGGACGGCAUCACGUUCCCAGACUUUCUAGUAGAUGCUCCCUCUCCCCAAUUCUAAUGUGAGAACUACGUGACAAUUUCACAGUCAUGUUGUUUUCACCCACCAACCUGUAUGCGCAAAAACCCUUCGCUAUCUUUAAUCAAUACCGAUAGCGUAACAUCAAAGCCGUGUCGUUCAGCC